AUGCUCCUCGCCAUCAAAGCUGCUCAACGUUUCGCGGCCCUCUAUCUAGCACUGUCCUCUGCACUGUUCGCCUCGCCACCUAUCGCAACAACCUUGUACGAGCUCGCGGUAUCCAAAGAAGCUUUCCGCUCCUCGAAAUUAGCUCAGACCCAGGUCGAGCCAUUCCCAUUCCCAACGGGAAUUUUUGUCUCGCGCGCGACUGCAGCCAAGUGCUUGCAGAACAAGCCGACAAAAUGCCGAAAUAUAUGUAUCCCUGGUUCCCGCGACUACUGUGAUGUCUACCUCACACACGACUCGAUGAGCGUGCGCAAGGCGCAUAACUCAGGCCGCAACCACCUCCGCAACGUGGUGGAGUACUACCAGCAGAUCGGCCAAGAGAAGGCUCAAUCAGUCAUCGAUUCCAUCACUUCUUCCUACGCCGCUGAGGGCCAGCCUUUGCCAAAUCCCGCCAUGGUCCCUGGUGCAUUCCCUCCUCCUUUCGGCUUCCCUGGUCUUCCUGGCCAAGGUCCGCCACCUCCUUUCGGCCUUGCAGGCCUCCCACCUCCUGGAGCUCCAGGCGCCCCAGGAAUGCUGCCUCGUAAGUCAACCCGCAGUUUACCAUACAGACCAGAAAACCACGGCCAACAGCCUGCUGACAAUUUCCUAUUCUAUCAACCAGCUCCUGGUGGUCUCCCAUUCCCGCCUCCCUUCCCAGGCGCUGGCGCCACCGGCACUCCUCCCACAGGAGGCUUCCCUCCCCCCUCCCAACAUGCCCGGCGGUCUGCCCCCGCCCCCCGGUGGGUUCCCUGCGAACUUCCCGAUCCCUCCCCC